CUCCCCCCUGCUAACCUCAGACGACAGGAGCACUGCAUACUCCCCAUUCCACCCUUCUCUCUGCUGGGGUAACUUUCCCAGACUCCAGCAAGAGACACGAGGGAGGCUCCAUCAGGUGUGGGACACCCAGCAUAAGGAGCUGUCAAUCAUUUUCUUACUUUUUAUCCACCACCAAAAUCCAAGACAACUCGUCUAGAUGGCAACCUCCUCAUCUGGAACCACAGCGGAGCAAAACGGUCUCAACAUGGCAUCCGAGACCCCAGCACUGCCACAGCCCUGUAGUCCCAGGACUGACAGCGUCUUUUCUGACCAGUCUGGCUUCUACUCUCUGGACUCCAACGUACCUGGACUCUCUAAGGUGAUUCUCAACCAGCUCAACAUGAAGGACUAUGGAGACUACAGGGCUGCUGUUGAGGGAAAGGCUAAAGGAUUCCGCAACUACAAGGAGAUGUUCCAGAAGAUGGAGGAAACCUUUAAGUUCUGCACCGGCUGCAACAAACUCCCAGAACAUCUCACCGAGGGACAGACCCUGAAGCGCUGUGUGAAGUGUUUGAAUGUGUACUACUGCACAAAGGACUGUCAGAAAAAGGACUGGCCUCAGCACAAAAAGGUCUGCAAGACAUUGCGACUGGUGGCUAUUGACAGACUAGUGGAGUGGCUGAUGUUCACGGGAGACCUCCCAUUCCCCACAGAGGUGUGGUGCAAGUCAGCUGCUGAGGUGAAGAACUGGGAUGACUGGCUGCCCAUGCAGGUGGACCUCACACCACGUCUGGAUGCCAUCUUGUCUGGCACAAACAUGGCAACCCUUUGGAGGAGCGCCAGCAGACCGAGGCCAGAUGAUGCUGACCUGCGACAGUCCUUAUGGCGAAUUCAGAGCGAGUUCCUCUCACGAGUCCUCACAGUUGGGAUGGCUGUGCAACGCUUUGGUCUGGACCCGUAUGCAAAACCACUCACCAUCCACAUAGCAGGGGCGUCCCACAAUGAGACCAUGGGAGCAAGACUGACUGACUACGAUGAGCUGAACCGCAUGUUCCCUGGAAACCAGGGUAUAGAGAUAGUGAUGGUGGGACCAGAGGUGGUAGACGGCCCCAUCAACAGACCCCCUCUUCAAGCUUUUGGCCCCAAGCAGAGGGUUUACAUCAGUGCCCAAAAGGCCCUCUACCAUGAGUUCUGGGAGCAGCUGGUGGAGAAAGAUGAAGCAGCCAAACCAGAUCUGGUGGUUGGAUUCCAUCCUGGAUUCCACGCUACCCAGGGCCUGGUGGAAGGCUGGCUGCCCACCCUUCUGCUGCUCAGAGACUACAACAUCCCGUCCUUCUUCACCAUGUACAGUGAGAUGGAGCUCAAGUACUCGAUGCAGAUCCUGCAGGAGCUGGAGAUGCACAUCAGGGACAGUGGACCCAAUCCGUUCACCUCGCAGAAACCGGAGCAGGUCCAGGCCUGUCCCAACAAACCUCCGGUCUACUGCAGCUCUCACUACGUCUGUUUCCAGGGGCUGCUGCCUGAAGACAACUUUGGGGGUCUAGAUGCAGACAGUUAACAUCGAGGAAACUCUGAGCUUGCUUUGGCUUUGGGGAGCAGCUUACAGCAAGAGAUGGACACAAGUCAGCUGUGCUGCAACACACAUAUCAACACUGCUUUAGUCAUUCAGGGCAGAGGAUGUUUGUCAUGGUGGAAAAUGCACGUUCCCUGCUUUAAACAUGUACUAAACAGCACCCUUUGAGCUCUGACUUUAUUAAUUAAUGAGGCAGAUUACAGAAAUCCCUCAAAGCCCAUUUUAUAGCAUGAUGGCAGCAGCAGGGCACAAAGGUUUCUGCUGUGCUCCUGCCCCGAGGUGACAUGGAUGUUGGAUUUAAAGGGUCAUUGUACAUAAUGAGACCAAAAUUGGUUCAGUCAUCACUUGAUGGCUUCCUGUGAUUUGUUCUGCGGCUCGACCAAUUCCCAAAGCUCUCAGCAGCUGCAUGAAAUCAGAUUCCAUGCAUACUAAUGUAACGCACCAUCUAAAAUGAAGCUUAAAUUAAUUAUAGAGGGCCGCAGAGCCUGCAGUUCACUUAAGCCUUUUGUUGUUGGUGUCGCUUUUUUUUUAUCGUGUAAUUUUGCUUCAAGUUUGUGGCUGUUUGCUGGACUUUCAAUGGAGAGUCUGUGGUUCUGAAGUAUUUGGAGUAUUUAAAAGUCAGAUUUCUCGUUAGUGUUUUUAUGGUGGCCCUUUUAACAUUAGUGACUGUGUUCAUACACGUUAAUAAGAAAUAAAAAAAUCCUGAAGCAUUCUGACCUUGUAAUAAAUAGACCACAAAGUACAUUUUAAAGA